AUGACAGUAGCUACAGAAAGUAGUAGUAGUAGUACGACAGUAACUGCAUCUCCAGAUGUAGAUAUGUCAACUACGACAAUAACUGAUGAAGUGGUGGUAGUUGUGGCACCUUCUUCCACUACACCAGCAACAGCAGCAGCAGCAGCAGCUGUUGUAUCAUCAUCGACAAAUGGUAUCACAACCACCACCACCUCCUCCAACUCUGCAGCAGUUGCAGUUGCAACAACUGCACCGAAAAAGAAACGUACUGAGGGUAGAUACGCAACGAUGAAGUUGUUGCACAAGGAUAUGUCAAUCUCUCAAUCCCGUCCUAUGGACUCUAAGACCUUUUUAAUUGGAAAGGAUCAAACAGCUUGUCAUGUUGUUAUUAAUCGAGUUGAUGUCUAUGACAAACACUGUGAAAUCAUUUAUCAUGAAGAUUGCAAGUUGUUUAUGCUCCAUCCAUUGGUACCGAUCAGAUCGUUGGAUUCGAUUAGAAUCAAUGCUAUCCCAAUAUUCAAGAUUGAAGUACUCAAAGACCAAGACAUCAUCACUGUUGGAUUCAGAUCAUUCAAGAUAUGUUUUAAUGAAACCAUACCCAUUGGAACUACACUACCCGACUCUUACUAUGAUCAACCAAUCCUCAAACAAUUCUAUCCAAUCUUAAACCAACAGGUUUACUCCAAUGCCAACAUGGUCAACUCCAACUCCAACUCCAACAACAUGGUAGUAGUCCAAAAUCUUAAAUCAAAUAACAACAAGAUUGGUGCACAAAAUGGUAUGUCGUCAUCAUCAUCAUCGGCAUCAGACAAGGUAAAAGAAAAGUUGGAAGAAUUAAUUGAGAAACCAGCUCAACCCAUACGAAGAGUAUUCAAGGUAAAGACUAGAAGUCCGUUUACAGAUGCAACUGCACCAAAGAAUCCUUCAUCGAUUCUAGUUGCUGUUUCAAAGGAGAGCAGUGAUGAAGAGAGUAGUAGUAGUAGUGAGGAUGAAUCAUCCUCCUCUUCGGAUCACAAAAUGAGAAAUGCACAAACUAGUUUGUCCAAAUCAGUCAAUACUACUGCACCUGCUGCUGGUGCUGUUGCCACUAAACCCAAAAAGCAGGUUGACAAGAACAAGAAAUGUCCAGUUGAAAAGAUUCAAGUGGAUAUGUCAGAGGUAUCAAUUACAGAGCAAGAAAAAGAGGAAGAGGAAAACAACAAAAAGAAGAAGGACAACAAACAACAACAAACCAAAAAGACCUCAACUACAACAACUACAAAACAAACCAGUAAUGAACCAACCACACCAACUCGCAAGGGAUCAUUGGUUGUUGGACGUCGUCUUGAACCUACAUCAUCGAAACGUGAACAAAAAAAGGUUACCAAUCUUUUAACCGAAAUUACCAAAGCAAAAGAUACUCCAUCGAAAAAGUCAACAACUAGCAAAUCCAACAAAAAAGAUAAAGACAAUGAAAGUGAUCUUGAACCAGUCAUCAAAAUCACUUCAACAGAACAACAAACUUCUACUUCUUCUAAAAAGAAACCAACACCAAAAGAAAAGAAACAAGUUGUUGAAAAACAAGUCGUUGUUGGAGAAUCAUCAUCAUCAGAGGAAGAAAAAGAAGUAUCAAAAAAGAAACAAGUUGAACCAACAGUUAAAAUAACAACUGGAAAGAGUGUUUCAGAACUUAUCAACAAAAACAGUGUUGGUAAACUAAUGGAAUCAUUGGAUGCUUUGGGAGAUGACUUGGAUUAUGACUUGUUGCUAACACCCACAUUGAUAAGUAAACUAUCACCAAAACAAAAAUCAAUCUUGGAGGCAAUCGCUAAAUUGGAGAAAUAUCUCAGACCGGACAAUACUAUUUUGGUGUAUAUGUUUAAGACUCUUCCACCACGAGGUGACUUUGCAAACGACAAUGAUUUCAUGGUCUACUAUAAAUUGAUCGAUCAUCCAAUCAGCAUCAAUGUCAUCAAGAACAAGUUGGUUGGUAAUCGAUAUGCCAAUCUUCCACAGGAUGUAUUCAACGACUUUGAACUAUUGGCCAACAACUCUUACAAUUAUCUUGGUCCAUGUGUUGUAUCUCAAGAAGCCACCUUGAUAUUUAAACUAUUUGCCGAAUAUUUGGUUGGUGACAAGUUGUUUAGUGGAGUUGACAAACGAUUGAAAAAGGUUGAUCAAAGAUUAAAAGAUAUUGCAAAGGAAAUAGAAAAAUUACCAGAGGAAGAGGAAGAAGAGGAAGAAGAGGAAGAGGAAGAGGAAAAACUAGUCAGAAUUAAAAGAAAUAAAAAGAAACAAAAGAAACCAGUUGAAACUGACAGUAGUAGUGAAGAGGAAGAAGAAGAAGAAGAAGAAGAAGAAAAAAAGGUGGAAAAGAAAUCCAUUGAAAAGAAAUCACCUACUUCAACAAAGAAAGUGUCUAAAAAAGAAGAAGAUUCAAGUAGCGAGGAUGAAGAUGAAGAUGAAGAAGAAGAAGAAGUGGAAAUUGAACAACCAAAAAAGAAAUCGACAUCUCCAACAACAAAGAAUAAUGUUUCUAAAGAAGAGGAUUCUUCAAGUAGCGAGGAUGAAGAUGAUGAAGAAGAAGAGGAAGAGGAAAAAGAAGAAGACGAAAAAAAAGAAAAAGAUCAAGAAGAGGAAGAUGAAGAUGUUGAAAUGGGUGAAGAUGAAGAGGAUGAUGACCAAGAUGAUCAAGAAGUUGAUAAGUUGUUAAAUGCAGAGGUAGAAGAAGAUGACGAUGUUGAAGUUGGAGAUGACGACGAUGAUGAUGACUAG